AUGAAAAAAACGAAAAUUUAUAUAGUCCUUGGAAUAAUUCUAUUCUUAAUAAUAAUUACAAUUGCAUUAGUCGCAUCUACAUUGGGUAUUGUUAUUCGAAAGUCGAAAACAGAAACAAAAAAUGUUGAAUGUAAUGAAGGUGCGUUAGUAUGUUCAAUAUCUUCAAAUGAUUUAAUGAAACAUUUACAACAAUUACAAAAUAUUGCUGAUGAAUCAAAUGGUACUCGUGCUAUUCAUACUAAAGGAUUCAAUCAAACGUUUGAUUAUAUUUAUAAUUAUUUAACAACAAAUACAAAUUUAAAAGUUCAAAAAGAGUAUUUUUCUUAUAUGAAAUUUAUAUUAAAUAAUACACCAAUGUUAUCAACAAAUAUCAAUGGUUUAGAAACGAAUUAUACAUAUGGUUUAGAACAUGAUUUUACAUAUUUAAGAAAUUCAGGAUCAUCAGAUUUCAAUACACCAUUUCAAGUAACAUCAAUACCUAAUUUUGGAUGUGAUGAAUCGGAUUGGUUAAAUGCAACAUCAUCAUCACCAGUAGGAGACAAAGUCGCUCUUAUUAAACGUGGUAAUUGUACAUUUACUGAAAAAUCUCUUUUAGCUGUUAAAUAUGGUGUUGUUGGUCUUCUGAUUUACAAUGAUGGUACUGCACCGAAUCGAUAUUCACCUACGUCAGGAAGAGUUGAUCAAAAUAUAACCUUUCCAGCUUUAUCUAUAUCUUAUCAAAUUGCUUCAAGAUUAAUGAAUGCAAUACAAAAUGUAGCUACAAAUGUUGUCGUAAGAAUUCAUAUCUCAACAACAAAAUAUCCCGAACCAGUUGGUAAUAUUUGUGCACAUACAAUAACAGGUGAUGCAACUCAAACAAUUGUUAUUGGAAGUCAUACAGAUAGUGUUCCAGAAGGUCCAGGAAUUAAUGAUGAUGGAAGUGGUACUGCAACAAAUCUUGUUUUAGCAACAAAUUUAGAUCGUCUAUUUCAAACAUCAUCUUAUCCACCUUAUAAAUAUCGUGUCAAAUUUUGUUGGUGGGGUGCUGAAGAAGUUGGCAUUGUUGGUUCAGGAUAUCAUGUAUCUCAAGCUAAAUAUAGUACAAUUCCAGGUGAACGUAUUUCAGAUUAUCUUGUUAAUCUUAAUUAUGAUAUGUUAGGAUCACCUAACUUUCAAAUGGGAAUAUAUGAUGGACAUACAGCAAAUUUUAGUACAACUCCACCAAAAGCUAUUCCUGGUAGUAUUCGAUUAACAGAAUUAUUUCGUAAUUGGUUUAUUGAUCAAAAUCUUCCGUACACGAUUAGUGAACUUGGUGGUGGAAGUGAUUAUGCAUCAUUUUUAGCUGCUGGUAUUGUUAUAUCAGGUUUAAAUUCAGGCAUUAGUGAUAGAAAAACAAAAGAAGAAAGAGAUUAUUAUAAUCGAUUGUUAGGUCAAGGAAAUGGUGGUGUAGCAAAUGCUGAACAUGAUCCUUGUUAUCAUCAAUCGUGUGAUUCAUUAGCAAAUAUUAAUCCUUUAGGUCAUGAGAAAUUAUCAAAAGCAGCUGCUUAUAUAUUGGAAUAUUUGGGUAGACAUUCUGAUUUACGUUCAUAUUUGUAUCCUUCAGAUGAAAUACGUCAAUUGGAAAAAAUAUCAACAUAUAGAUCAACAGAAAAAGAUAAUGUUCAAUAUGUAUUCUAUAGAAUCAAUGAUUUGUAA